AUGAUCGAGCGAGUCCAUGCAAUUGCCCUUGAGCUGCUCGUUGAGGUCGUAGGCAAUGUAGGUCUCGGUGUCGGCGUUCAGGAUGUCGUCGUACGCACUGACAAGGUCGGCCUCGCCUGCUUCAGCUUGCUCAGGUUAAUGUUUCCAUACUUUAGCAGCAUCUCCUUGAUGUAUGCUUGGAGGGCGGACGUCCUGAGCACAGAGAUCUCCUUCCUGACCUUGCCAAUCUUGGACAUGUUGAUCAUAGAGUACGAGAGCUGUGGCGAUGACCAGUUCCAAAAGACGGCACACUGCCGCGUAGCUGCAAGAAGGAGAGCGUGCCAAAGUUCUUGUCACAUCACCCAGGGCGACAUUGGACAAUGUGGUACGACGGACAAGUUGUUCUAUCUGGCUGUUAGGAACCUUCAUAGUAUACAACGACAUACGAGUGUUCCAAAGCUGAUAGAGAUGCUUCCAGAACUAAAGUCACACACUGAACUGGUGGAACAGACAUUGAACUUGCGUGCUCUGAGGUGCUGUAUCAUUGACAUCUCCAGAUGGCUCGACCAUUUCAACAUCCUGAUGGUCACAGUUGCGUAUGACAAGUACAUCUUGGCCACCAUGACUAUAAAGCUUCAAGUACUUUGCUAG